AAUUUUAUUAUAACUGCCUACUAUAACAGAUCCCAAGACAUGGACAAUCAUAUUUAGUAUUCGCGAAAAGAGGUUAUGCUAGACAAGCUUGAGUGGUUCUUUAAAAGAUUAUGGCAGUUAAUAAUGCUUAUAAUAAUUAUUAAAGAAAUAAGUAAAUGGUUAGGGGAUGGAGACUGAUAAAAAAUUCAAGAAAGAAGCUUAAUGUUAUUAGCUAAUACUUUUUAGCUUAAAAACUGGUGUAUUGUAGUGGAAGAAGGAUUAUAAUUUGGGAGCUAUGAAUUUUGAGUAAGCGGCGAAAUUGUAUAAGGAAUGCAAGAAUUCUCAGAAUGAAAAAGAAGCACUUAAAUUCGCUAUUGAAUGCAAUGAAAAAUUGGAUUAUACUUGGGCUGUGGGAAGAAACUAUGAAGCCCUUCUGAAUCCUCUAAUAGACAAUUCAAGCUAGGAUUAUAAAGAGCUUGUGGAAUGGACUCAUUAGGCAGAUGUGAACUUUAAGAUUUCAGACUCAGGAAUGAAAUAACUCAAAGUUUUAAAUGAAGUGGUCAAGUAUUUAAAUAAAAGACAACAAUAUGAGUUUUCAGAAUAAAUAAUCUUGGAAGCACUGGCUAAGGCUGGGAAAGUACACGCUCCUUCUACUCUAUCUUACAUAAUCUGUUCGUUUUUGGAGAUCUUGAUAGAGACUCAACAAUAUCAUAAAGUGGGUGAUCUAUACAUGAAUGAUAUCUCGAAGUUCAGAGAGGAACAGAUUAAAUAUCCUUCGAGUUAAUAUGCUCUGGUUAUUAUUGUUAUGCACAUAUUUUAAGAUGAGACCGCCAGAGAAAAUCAAGAAUUGGAAUAACUAAUUUAGUAUGAUUAGAGCAUUUAUAUAUAUUACUUAGAAGCAGUUGAUUAGAUGUUGAACUCUUAUGAGAAAGGGGAUUAGAAUCAAUUUAAUGAUGCUCUUUUGAAAGCCUCUGUGACAUCUAUAUGUCCUCCAAAUAUUGUAUUUGAGUUGAGGAAGGUGAAAGUGAGAGUGAUCAACAUCCAGCCAAAGCAAGACAAUAAUCAAUAACAAGUUGAUUAAGGAAAUGAGGAGGUUGAUUACCAGUAGGAAUUAGAAAAAAAGAUCCUAUGA